UCAUGAAUCACAAUUCGCCAGACAAAUCUUGGACAGAAAGAGCUCAGUUCGUGUCUGGAUUUGGAUGUGAUAUAAUUGCUUAAUGUUGAAAUUGAAUUCUAGUUCACGUGAAAUUUUUGAAUAUGGUGUCAAAUAGGAUGCCACCGGAUGGCGGCUAUGGAUGGGUUGUGGUAAUUGGUUGUGCAGUUAUAAACGUAUUCAACCAAUCUCUCGUAUCCGUGUUUGGCUUGAUGUUUGGCGAUUACUUGGCGACUAUGGGAGAGAAUGCGUUUGGAGCAGCAUUAGUCAUGAACAUGUGUAAUAUAUCACUCAAUUUUUCUGGUCUUAUAACAGGACCCAUCAUCAAGAAAUUCAAAACUCGAAAAGCUUCUAUACUCGGUAGUAUGCUGACUGGAGGAGCUUUAGUGGCAUGCGCAUAUUCUACACAAAUGUGGCAAGUUCUGCUAUCGUACAGUGUGGCAUUCGGAUUUGGGUUGGGCUUGAUACAAUCAUCUACCUUUGUUGCAAUCAACUCUUAUUUUCGGAAUAAUAAAGGCAAAGCGGUGGGACUUGCUCUAGCUGGAACUGGUGUAGGUCAAAUUUUGAUGCCACUUCUUGUACAAUUUUUGCUAGACAUUUAUAGCUUCAGAGGCACCACUCUAAUCAUCGGUGGACUUGCUUUUAAUGGGGUAGUUGGUGCGGCUCUUCUACAGCCAGUGGAAUGGCACACACGGGUCGAAAUUAUUGAAGAUGCAAAUGACGAGCGAAUUCCACUACUAGAAAAUGCCAAAGCUACACCCAAAAGGUUGGAUAGCGGUUGGUCAAAACUUGCUGCAUUAAUGGACGUGGCGAUAUUGAAAAGAGUAUCGUUUCUAAAUUUGAUAAUAGGGCUUGGAUUGGCAUAUACCGCUUCUACGAGUUUUUCGCUAUUUUUUCCAUACUUUCUGCAGAAAACCGCUAACUUGGAUAUGUUUCAAACUGCAAAUUGUAUGUCGAUUUUAUCCACUACAGAUCUACUAACCCGAAUCACAGUACCUGCAUUUGUCGACAAAAUGAAAUUCUCCCAUAGAAAUACGUUUCUACUGGCUGGGCUGUGUCUAGUAGUUGCCCGAUCUGUUAUGGCAGAAAUGAGAAACAUCGUGGCGCUCAUGAUUACGUCUGCUUUCUACGGAAUUUUUAGGUCCAUAACAAUUGUGAACCAGAAUCUCACCAUAGCGGAAUAUUGUACAGAAAAAGAUGUGGAAUCGAUGCUGCCGAAUGCCUUGGGUUUCAACAUGAUCACGAAAGGUGUUCUAGUUUUAAGCUUAGGACAAUUGCUCGGCUGGUUUGUUGAUUAUACUGGAAGUUACUCUUUGAAUUUGCAUGCUCAAAAUUUAUUACUUGUUUCAACGUGUGUGUUGUGGUUGUGUGAGUUAUAUUUUAAGUAUAAGGAUGAAUAAUAAAUAUAUUUACACAAAUGAACAUUG